AUGAUGGCAUUCUGUCUUUUGAUGACCCUGUCUGUGGUGGCUGUCACCCACUUCCCCCCACUGCAUCCAGCUACCAGCCCAGAUCCUGGUUCCAAGGAGCCCCAGGGGUUAACUCGUGUCCCUGCCCCCCAUGAGUGGCAGGCUCUGAGCUCCAGCCAGAGGCAGAAGACAAGAAGUUUGGGGUUCCGGAGAAGCUUGGCUUUGCCCAGGAAUUCCAACUUGGUCUGUGCUGACAACCACGGCCACAGAGAGAGAGUGGACAGAAGCAAGCAGUACCCAGGAGGGGACAGCAGGCAUCCAGGGAGGGUCAGGAGGGACAUUGCUUCGACAGCUGUAGGAGGUUCAAGACUCAGAACUUGGCAUCUUGUGCUACUGAGGGAGGAUGGGAUCAGGGGUGUGAGAGCCAGAAACCAUGGCCACAUCUGGCCAGACAGUCCCAUCCAGAAGACACAGAGGGAGAUGGGCACCCUGGGCAGCCAGCUCAUAGGAAGCAACAUGACCAUUUUCUGGACUCAGAGAGCUACUGCUGGACCCACCCUCCAGCCCCACCCAGCUGAAGGAAGGGAGCUGCCAGAAACUGAGAAGAGAGCCUUGGCUGGUGGGAGACAUGCAGGGGACCCCGGACUGACCCAGAGGGCUCAUCAGUGGCCUGGCUCUGUUGGAGAGUUGCAAGGGUCAGUGUGGUGUAACACUGAGACUCCUAGGAUAUUGACAGGCUUGGGCUUAGGGGCUGGUGGGCAGGUUCCUCCAUGGUUCACAGAGCAUGAUGUACAGACCCUCAGGCUGUUGGCCCUGGGGGAAGUGGUAGGCAAGGCCCCGGUCCCUGCCCAUGGGCAGGUGAUGAAGGUCGGCCUCUCUACUGAGGGUGCUCUUCAGGACACGCUUCCUCCUGGGCUCAGCCUGCACUGCUCCCAGGGUCUCUGUGGGCUCAUCAAGAGGCCUAGGGAUCUGCCUGAGGUCCUGUCCUUCCAUGUGGACCGUGUGCUAGGGCUGCGGCGUAGUCUGCCUGCCGUGGCCCGGCGCUUUCACAGCUCCCUGCUGCCCUACCGCUACACAAAUGGUGACGCAAGGCCCCUCAUCUGGUGGGCGCCUGACGUGCAGCACCUGGCAGACCCUGACGACGACCAGAACUCUCUGGCCUUAGGCUGGCUGCAGUACCAGGCCCUGCUGGUGCGUGGCUGCAGCUGGCCAGGCCAGGCGCCGUGUCUGGGCAUCCGCCACACGGAGUGGGCUCGUCUGGCACUCUUUGACUUCCUGCUGCAGGUCCAUGACCGCCUGGAUCGCUACUGCUGCGGCUUUGAGCCUGAGCCCUCAGACCCCUGCGUGGAGGAGAGGCUCCGGGAGAAGUGCCGGAACCCUGCCGAGCUGCGACUGGUCCACAUCCUGGUCCGGAGCAGUGAUCCGUCUCAGCUAGUCUACAUCGAUAAUGCUGGAAACCUUCAGCACCCGGAGGACAAGCUGAACUUUCGGCUGCUGGAGGGCAUAGAUGGGUUUCCUGAGUCUGCGGUGAAGGUCCUUGCAUCAGGUUGUCUACAGAAUAUGCUGCUCAAAUCACUGCAGAUGGACCCGGUGUUUUGGGAAAGCCAAGGUGGGGCCCAGGGCCUAAAGCAGGUUCUCCAGACCCUGGAGAAGCGAGGACAGGCCCUGCUGGGACAUAUCCAGAAGCACAACCUGACGCUCUUCAGGGACGAGGACAUGUGA